AGAUAAUGGAGCGGAGUCCUGCAUCCUGCAGUCCCACCGAGCCUUAGGGACCAGGCUACAUACAGCGGGGAGCACGGUGGUGGCGCCUCUCUUUCUGCUCCCGGGGACCUCGUCGCCUAGAUGUCACUUGUCAGAGUAAACCGCUGCUUUCCCCGAGGAAGCGGAAGAAAAACACUGAAAGUAAAGAAGAAGAAAACUUCAGUGAAGCAAGAAUGGGAUAGUACUGUGAAUGAUCUAACUGUUCAUCGGGCAACUCCUGAAGAUCUGGUGCGUCGUCAUGAAAUACACAAAUCAAAGAAUAGAGCAUUAGCACACUGGGAACUCCAAGAAAAAGCUUUGAGGAGAAAAUGGAGGAAGCAGAAACCAGAAAUUUCAAAUCUUGAGAAAACAAAAUUGUCUAUCAUGAAGGAGAUUCUUUCUGAUCAAUACCAGAUGCAAGAUGUAUUGGAGAAAUCUGAUCAUUUGAUGGCUGUGGCAAAAAAUCUGUUUCCUCAUAGGCGUACAGGGUUUCCAAAUAUAACACUGGCUCCUGAUUCCUCUCAGGGUCCCAUCGUGGUAAAUCAAGACCCUGUCACCCAGUCUGUCCUUAAUGAAUCUGUCACAGAACCUCAGGCUCUUAAUGAAGUAGAUGAUGAAGAAGGAACUGUUGAUAGCCAGUCAGAAGAAAGCGAGAAUGAGUUAGAUAACUCUCUAAACUCUCAGUCUAACACGAAUACAGACAGAUUUCUCCACCAACUAAAGGAAGAGAAUUCCGAGUUAAUUAGUAAACUGUGGACUGAUAUUCAGCAAAAAAUAGCAGCAGAGUCACAAAUAACGCUUCCAGGAUCUCCAUCAUCUGCUCUUUCAUCAGAGGAACAUAGAGCUGCUCUGAAUGCAACUGGUGCUGUCAAGAGACUCCAAACCAGGAUUCAGCCUGAAGAAUCUACUGAGACUCAAGACUCCAGCUGUGUUGUGGGACAAGUGCUGAACUCAAGGAAGCAAAAACAGCUGUUAAAUAAAGUGAAACGAAAACCGGAUUUGCGUGCUCCUUCCAAGCAGAAGAAAACUGUGUUAUCAAGUAGCACAACCUCUGCAGAUUUACCAGGUAGCAAGAAUUCCAACCUGGAUGUCCUCAAACUCAUGAUACAUGAAGUGGAACACGAAAUAGGAGAAUAUGAGCAAUGGACAGGACGUGAGGUCAAGGGACUGCAGAACACUCAGGGUCUUACUGGCUUCACUUUGUCACUGGUGAGCUCCCUCUGUCGCCUGGUUCGGUACCUUAAAGAGAGCGAGCUCCAGCUACGUAAAGAAGUAGAGACAAGGCAGCGACUGGAACAAGUAUUGGUUGAUCAUCGAGAGCUCAUUGAUGCUCUGACAGCUGAAAUUCUUCAUCUUCGAGAAGAAAAUACUACUACACAGGCAAGACUUCAGCAGUACAUGGUCACAACAGAUGAGCAACUUAUAUCACUCACACAUGCCAUUAAGAACUGUCCUGUGAUAAAUAACAGACAAGAAAGUCAGGCAUCAGAAAGGGGAGCCACAGCUGGAAGAACUAUGGACAGUACAGAGUGUCCAGCUGUAAAUGCUAAUGUCUCCAUACCACUGAUGUUCAGAGGGGAAGAAGUGGUUGAAUUCCCACAGGAAGAGUUACCUGUUAAACUAUCUCAGGUGCCAAAUCCUCCAGAGAGUGUGAAUCUGGCCAACAAUUUUCCAGCACAUAUUUAUGAGCCAGCUGUGUUGUUAACACCACCCAGGCAGAAGAGCAGCUCAGAAUUCUCUCCUCUACAGGAUGUAUUGAGGAGGACUGUUCAAACUCGUCCUGCUCCACGAAUUCCUCCUACUGUGGAAAUAAUUGAGAAGGAACAAAAUUGGGAAAAGAAGACAUUACCCAUUGAUGCAGACAUUCAGAAUUCAAGUGAAGAGAGUCGUCUCUUCACUCAGAGGUGGAGAGUCUCUCACAUGGGAGAAGAUAUGGAGAACAAAACUCAGGCUUCUUUCACUAACCUCUCACAGCCCCUCUGUAAUUCCCAUUCCAACAUGCAGCAAUUGAGAAACCCUGGGUUCUCAGAAGAGCCCCUGGUACUGGGAGAUGGGCAACAACUUAGAACAAAUGAGGCGUUACUACAAAGAAAGGACAUUAUGGCACGGAUUGCUGAGUUGACACUGCAGAAUUCCACUAUCAAGGCACAUCUGAAUAACAUUAUUGGGCCUGGGGGAGAGCAAGGAGAUGGAGUCCUGGAGUCGAACAAACAGGAAUGUGCCAGCGACAUGACUGCUACUUUUCCAGUAGCACACUCUCUAGCACCAAGUAGUAUGGAGGAACGGAUUGCAGAAUUGAAUCGACAGAGUAUGGAGGCUCGUGGAAAACUACUGCAGUUGAUAGAGCAGCAGAAACUUGUUGGUUUGAAUCUUUCUCCUCCACCAGUGUCACCUGUUCUGUCACCUCUCAGAGCAUGGACUGAAGGAGGAAAGAGGACAAUUGAAGUAUCUAUUCCAGGAGCUGAAGACCCAGAAAGCUCAAAAUGCAGUACUGUCUCUCCUGUCAGUGGAACGAAUACAAGAAGAUCUUCAGGCGCUACUAGUAAUUCUUGUUCUCCAUUAAAUGCCACCUCAGGGAGUGGAAGACUCACACCUCUUAAUCCAAGACCAAAGAUUGAGAGACACAAUGAAGAAGGCUGGUUUGCCCUUUCUACCCAUGUGUCCUAAGUGAAGUCAAGUUUUAUGGAAUUGGUUCUUAAUCAUUUAUUCUCCACCUUCCACUCUCCCAUCCUGCUCUUCCUUUCAAGUUUUUACAUCCUUCAUUCAGCUAAAACCCACAAAGAUCCUGUGAGUUAGUACUAAUGGAACAAAGAAAAAGCAAUUAUUUUAAUUUUUAACCUUUUAAAAUAAGUUUUCGACAACCAGCCAAUCUAUAACUCUUUGUGAAUAAAAUUUUGACUGUAGGGAAAUUAAAGUUUUAUAUUCUAAUAAUUUCUUAAGUAUUUUAAGGUCUUUGUGAGUAAUACAUUUUUACCUUUAUCAUCUUUAUUCAGGGUUUUUUUUUUUUUUUGGUCUAGUAUAUCUUAAAUGUUGAUCCAUCUCUUUUUUUUUUCCUGAAAAAUUAAUCUACUUUGCGUAUAACUUCCAAUAAAAUGCCUUUGUGUGAUCCAGGUCUGUCUUUCAGAAAAAUGUAACACCCACUUUUGGUUUCUUUAUUUGAUGGAAGUCACUGUUGCCCAUCACCUUUUCCAUCAAGUAGGAUGGUCUGCCUUGAUAGGCCCAGGAGUGUUUGUUUAUAGUUGCUUAAGCAGGUGAGAGUGCUUGUAUGUAUUUAAAAUUUUAAUGUAAUUUUUAAAUGUUAAAGUACCAUCAAUAAUGUUCAUGUACAUCAAAUAAAUAAUGAUCAUAGA